AUGACGUUGACAAUGACAAUGACGGCAGGAUUGUCGUUGCUGCUGCUCUUCUCUGGUUCAUCCGAAGCCACCAAUCUACGCUCCCUACAACAGCCAUUGACGCCACAGCCAUUCUCCUUUGAUGCCGCCUUUGGGGACAAUAUGGUAUUGCAACACGGUCAAGGAGGCGCCGGAUCUCGGGCUGCCAUUUAUGGCUUUUUGGGUCCGCAGUGUCAAUCGGUCCAAGUCGAUUUGUACGCCGCGACACCGGACUCGCAACACAUUUCCUUUUCCACGUCGGCUGCGAUCAAUGUCACACAACAGCCAUUUCCUGAAGAUGACAUUAUUGCUACAGAAGAAUGGGGCGAACGACCGUGUACCGAUCUGGGAUGUCCCGGUGGCGUCAUGAGUGGUUCCUUUCAUGCCUCGGACCGUCGUUCCUUUAAUCCCUGGAAUACACGGUUGCCAACGUGGAAAGUUUGGUUGCCUCCUCAACCAGCCGGAGGUAACUUUACCAUUGUAGCCACUUGUACUACCCAAGAAACAGUGAAUGGCACAAGCAUGCCAGAACCUAUUUCUCUGGUCAAUGUGACCUUUGGGGAUGUUUGGUAUUGCAGCGGACAAUCCAAUAUGCAAUUGAGUAUGAAUUACUCGUUUCACAAGUACGACACGGCCAUGUCCAUUCUACACGGCAAAUACAGCAAUAUCCGCAUCAUGGCGGGAGAAUCCAUCAAUCGCGUCUAUGGGCUCGACCGCAAUGGUGGAUGGAACUAUGCCAAGUACGGUUCCCAAGAUGGCUCGAAUCCCUGGAUGACGGCACAACAAUCUGUGGACGGUAACAAUAUGGACGAUUCUCCGCUCAUGUUGUUUGGUGCCACGUGUUGGUGGUUUGCCCAAUCGCUGGUGGACAUGGGGAUCACGGACACACCGAUUGGUCUCGUCAAUACCGCCAUUGGAGGCAAGCGCAUUCAAGAAUUCACGAGCAAUAGUACCAUUGGGCAAUGUCACAAUCGUACCCGUGCUGGAAUGGGAAAUCAGGAAGACAAUGUCUGGUUUGAAGGAAACUUGUAUGCACAACAGGUCAUGCCCUUUGUCGACAUGACGGUCAAGGGGUGGUUGUGGUAUCAGGGCGAGAACAACAUGUACGAAGUCAAGGGCAAUUCCAAACACGACGUUGGUUAUGGGUGUGAACUCAAGGCACUCAUUCAAUCCUGGAGACAAGCGUGGAGUGAAACUUCCGAUACGACACCGCCCGAUGCGCCAUUUGGAAUUGUCACGCUGGCAAACAGUGGAGGGGAAGGAGGACCGGAUAUGGGGUCCAUGCUUCAUGCACAAACACUCAACUAUGGUGCCCUUCCUCCGCCUCUGGUCGAUCCAGUGGAUCAAGACUUUUUUGGUGGAUUAGAAAAGGUCUUUGCGGCUCAAGCAUAUGAUCUGGAAGAUGAGUGGAAAGCCAAUAAUGGACCUUGCUUCGAGUACAAGUGUUGCACAGUCACUGCUUUGGUGGGGCAGUACCGUGAUGAGAUUUACGACCCGGCCAAGUGCACCAAUGAAACCAUGCACGGUUUAUGCAAUUCGCCGGAAGGAGCUUGUAGUCAAGCCCAUCGCGUGCCCUACCUCAUGGGCAAUAUUCAUCCACGCAGCAAACAGCCAGUUGGCGAGCGUCUGGCCAAGGCUGCCUACAAUUUGGUCUAUGGAGGAGACGGGGCGGUGACGGGUCCAACACUGCAGGGUUGCUCCUUACUCGGCAACCGUGAUGAUCGACUGGAAAUUCGCUUCAAUUCCACGUUGAUGAAAGGAGACCGCUUGGGGGAACCCAUUGUGACACCCAAAACGAACAGACCACCCCGUUUUUAUCCGGCAGGUGGAUCACAGCUUUUUGUGCAGAUUGAUCCCUCCCUGUUUUGCAUGGAAUCGCACAUUUUUAGCACUGGAGGAUUUCAAAACGUUCGCGAUUCGACGUUUGUCUGCCCAACGUGGGCGGGUGGUUCGGAGAAACGGUCACUCCAAGCAAUCGACCAACCGUACGAUCAAGGAUGGAUCGAGGUUCCCUUUGCUCUCAAGCCUGGUACAUCCAACACUAUCGAGUUGGACUUGUCGGGAUUGCCAGAGAGAGCGAUUCCUACGGCCGUCAAGUAUGCCUGGGGAAUGGUCGAUUGUUGUGAUUGGUCCGAUCCAGACAUGUUUGUAACAAAGAGCUGCAUUGCCAAUUGUCCAAUCUACGCGGCCGAGUCCAAACUUCCAGCCAAUCCGUUCAUGGCCAAGAUUGUCAAUGGCCAAUGCGAAUGUGUUUCGCCACAGUUUUGCACCGACAAUUACAAUGAAGACGAGGAUGCGGGUGUGCAUUAG